GUGAAGGGUCCUAAAAAACUCUUCCCAGACCUUCCAUUUGGAAACAUGGAUAGUGACAGAGUAGAAGCCCGUAAGAGCCUCCUGGAAUCAUUCCUAAAGCAACUCUGUGCCAUUCCUGAAAUCGCUAACAGUGAGGAGGUACAGGAGUUUCUUGCUCUGAACACAGAUGCUCGUAUUGCCUUUGUCAAGAAACCAUUCAUGGUCUCUAGAAUAGACAAGAUGGUGGUGAGUGCUAUUGUGGAUACCUUGAAGACUGCGUUUCCUCGCUCUGAACCCCAGAGCCCCACAGAGGAGUUGAGUGAGGCUGAGACCGAAAGCAAACCCCAGACAGAAGGCAAGAAGGCUAGCAAGGUAGAGUUGGGAGAGGUCAAGUACCGCAUUUGCUCCCCUGCUUUCUGCUUUCUUUAUGUGAUAUGCCACUGGCUAUUUCUUCAGGAAUCAGAGAUUCUAUCCAUGUCUGGGAUGGAGUCCUUUAUUGACAAACAGACAAAGUUACAGGAAAUGCAGCCAGCAGAAGCCCCAGAAAAAGCUACUGAACAAAUCCCCAGAGAAAAUGUGGACAGUUGCUUGUCUGCAGCCAUGCCAGCCCAAGAUCUAAGUAACAGUGAUCCAG